AUGGCUAAGAGAAGAACUAAGAAGAGAACUCAUAAGAAAAUCAGUGAAGAAGAAUUAGCAUCGAUUCCUAAAUCAAUGGUACUUCAUUUAGGUACAUCAUUGAAAAAUCAUUCAUUGACUCAAUUAGUCAAUGAUUUUAGAAAUGUCAUGCAACCUCAUACUGCUAUAAAUUUAAGAGAACGGAAAUCCAAUAAAUUAAAAGAUUUUAUCGUUAUGUGUGGGCCAUUACAUGUAUCUGAUAUUUUUAUUUUCAAUCAAACAGAUGCCGGUAAUAUUACAUUAAGAAUUGGGAAAUUACCACGAGGACCAAAUUUACAAUUUAAAAUUAAUAAUUAUUCAUUAUGUAAAGAUGUUAGGAAAAUUUUAAAACAUCCAAAACUGAUAAGUAAAGAUAAUUCAAUUUUUCAAUCACCUCCAUUAUUGGUAUUGAAUGGAUUUGGGAAAAUUCUGGAAAUGUCACAACAUGAAAAAUUAAUGGUGACAAUUUUUCAAAAUAUGUUCCCACCAAUUCAACCUCAACAAACUAAAGUUUCAUCAAUUAAACGAGUAUUAUUAAUUAGUAAGAAUAAAGUUACUAAUGAAAUUGAAUUAAGACAUUAUGCUAUAAAUACUAAAUUAGUUGAUGAAAAUAGAAAUGUUAAAAAAUUGAUUCAAUCUCAUCAUAAUUUGAAAAAAAAAUUACCAAAAUUAACUAAUAAUCAAGAUGUUUCAGAUUUAUUAUUAAAUCCUUAUUCAAUUGGUGGUUUGACUUCUGAUAGUGAAUUUGAAGAUGAUGCUGUAGUUGAAAUACAACAAGAAACAUUUGUUAAAAAAGAGCCAACCAAGGCGAUAACCACCACCAUCACCGCCACCACAGAAAAAGAAGUAGAAUCUCAGUCACAACCACAACCACAACCACAACCACAGCAAGGGAAAAGUAAACGAGCAAUUAAAUUGACAGAAUUGGGACCAAGAUUAAAUAUGUCAUUAAUAAAGAUUGAAGAAGGUUUAAUUGGUUCAUCGAAAACCAUAUAUCAUUCAUCGAUUCAAAAAACUGAGGAUGAAAUUAAAUCAUUAGAAAAGAAACAUUUAUUAAAACAACAAUUAAAAUUGGAAAGAAGAAGUAAACAACAAGCUGCUGUUAAAGCUAAAUUAGAUAAAAAAGAAGCUAAAAAGGCUAGAAGAAAAGCUAGAGAAGAAGGUAGAGAAAAAGAUAACGAUGAUAAUAAUAAUGAAGAAGAAGAAGAAGAAGAAGAUUCGGCUGAUGAAGAACAAGUAGAUGAUGACGAUUCUGAUUCUGAUGCAGUUGAUAUUAAUCCUGAAGAUUAUGAAAAUGAUAGUGAUUUAUAUAGUGAUGUUGAUGUAUAA